ACUCCUCCUCUUCCUCCUUAAAAUUUCAGCUUUGCACCUUUAAAUUAUUUAGUUUUUGCGAUUAACGUUAAUUCGUAAGUUUGUUUCGUAAUUACUUUUUAUUGUCCUUUGUGAUUUUAUGUUAGUAACUUAAUUACUUUUCAUUGUCCUUUGUGAUUUUAUGUUAGUAACUUAAUUACUUUUCAUUGUCAUUUGUGAUUUUAUGUUAGUCACUUAAUUACUUUUCAUUGUCCUUUGUGAUGUUAUGUUAGUAACUUGUAUUACUUUUCAUUGUCAUUUGUGAUUUUAUGUUAGUAACUUAAUUACUUUUCAUUGUCAUUUGUGAUUUUAUGUUAGUAACUUAAUUACUUUUCAUUGUCCUUUGUGAUGUUAUGUUAGUAACCUGUAUUACUUUUCAUUGCAGAUGGCAUUCCAAAGGUUCACGCUUGGGUUGCGGUGGAAUGGUUACACGAAAGAGACCGAAAAGGGUGUAAGUUACGUCGGUGGAAAUUUUUAUAAAAUGAAGGUCCGUACUAGACCGAUGCUUGAAGAGCUCCAUCAAAUGUGCACUCAGAUUAACUGCAUGGAUGGCACUAGAAGAGUUGAUCGAAUGGUGUAUCGAUAUCCAAACAGACAUGACGGGUUGCUGUGGAAUGAGGAAUUCCUCCUUACCACUCAGGAGGAUGUUGAUGCCAUGGUCCAAUUUUUGACCACCAAUAAAAUUAAGCAAGCGGAGAUGUUCGUUUACACCGAGGCCGUCGAAGGCAGUGUAGGUCAUUCUGGAGAUGGCCAAACAUCUGGUAUCCACGGUGGGAGUGUAUUAUACGAAGAUCAUCUCCACCAGGAUUUCCAAGACUCGAGCUGGAGGCAGGAGUAUCAUCAUGGAACUAGAGGAAGUCAUCAAUCCUUCCCUUCAUAUGAAGAAGAAGCUCAACAGGCGGAUUACAACCAACAAGCAGGCUACCAGUACCCAGCCGAGUACAACUUCUAUCAAAGCGGAGUUAGUUACCACAACUACCAUUCUUCCAUCUGAUUAUCAGCAUGAAAGGCACCUUCACCUUCACUAGCUCCGUAAUGGUAGUUGUGGUAACUAACACCGCUUUGAUAGAAGUUGUACUCGGGUGGGUACUGGUAGCCUGCUUGUUGGUUGUAAUCCGCCUGUUGAGCUUCUUCUUCAUAUGAAGGGAAGGAUUGAUGACUUCCUCCAGUUCAUGAAGAUACUCCUGCCUCCAGCUCGAGUCUUGGAAAUCCUGGUGGGGAUGAUCUUCGUAUAAUACACUCCCACCGUGGAUACCAAAUGUUUGGCCAUCUCCAGAAUGACCUACACUGCCUUCGACGGCCUCGGUGUAAACGAACAUCUCCGCUUGCUUAAUUUUAUUGGUGGUCAAAAAUUGGACCAUGGCAUCAACGUCCUCCUGAGUGGUAAGGAGGAAUUCCUCAUAUUAAUCGGCAACCACAUAAGCUUUACUCGAGAAAAGUCGUCUAAGAAAAUGGAUUCUUAUUA